AUGAGGGUUUUAUCCCGAAUUCCCAGUGAUGGUACCUUUGACCAAUCACGCCCCAUCCGUCGUUUGGCGUCGUAUAAACCAACUGUUUUAUAUUCGGUUGAUUUAUCUUCUGCUACCGAUAGAUGGCCCGUUGUCAUUAUCCACGACCUUAUGGCGUGUAUAUUUGGACAGACGAUGGCAUCAUGUAUAGUCAACGGUUGCUUAGCUCUUAACAGCUGUUAUGUUGGUCGGCCUAUUUCGGCUGUUCCUCGUAACAUCUGUUUCGUGGCUGGGCAGCCGCUUGGAUACUAUGGCUCUUGGGCACUUUUCUCGCUAUCCCACCAUUAUAUGGUGUGGUUAGCUGCCGAAUUAGUCUAUCCCAAUCGGGGUCGGUUCUCCCGGUAUGCUCUCCUCGGUGAUGAUAUAGUAAUCGCCGAUGAGCAGGUCGCUAUUAAGUACUUAGAACUAUUACAGAAACUCCAAGUCCAGGUCUCUGAAGCAAAAAGUAUUGUUUCGAGAACUGGGGCAUUGGAAUUUGCCAAGCAGUUUUGGGUUGAUCGGAUUCAAAAGAAUCUAUCGCCCGUCUCUGCGAGGGCUGUACUUAGUUCUAAUUCCUUAAUCGGUAUUUCAUCUCUUGCUGGCAAGUACAGUAUGUCUUAUACUGCUGUACUGCGCUUCGCGGGAUGUGGAUACCGGGUCUUAGGUCGAUGUCGGUCUGCAACUCUAUCCAGAAAAGCGUUGCGACUUCGUCGACUUUGGGACCGUCGACCUUCCGGAUCGGAUCAACUACCUUUAGAUUUGUGGCUUGGUCGGGGAAACCCUAUAAGCCCUUAUCUAAAGGGGAUUCUAGUUGAUCUGGUGAAGGAGCGGAUGAAGCCUAAACAGCUUGUCCUGCCUCCUGAGGGAUACUUACUAGAUGGUGAAGCCGCUAAUGCGGAAUACACGUUGUAUCAUCAUUGGAUGAAAUCGUGGUUAGCUUAUCUGAAAUGGUAUGCUCUUCUCCACCUUGUUCCCGAUCCGUCUCUCCAUUUCGUCUUUUCGCCUCCGGUCAUCUGCAGGACUUACUACCGAACUGAUUAUUUAUCAAAUUGAACUUAGAAUCUCUUUUUAUUAUUUAGAAUAAAGAUUAUAUAUAUGUCCAAUCUCUAGUGGUUGGUUCCACCACCAACUUUCUUUAUGUGAGUGAUUUUGACCCUCCAAAAACUUCUUUAGCCACUCUUUUAAUGCAAUUGGCCAUCUUAUACCACAUCACAGAGGUUUCCUCCUAGAAAUUCCAAUUCCCUUCCUCUCAGGUUCCUUCACUUAGAGUAGUGAGUCUAGUGAAAGCCGAAGACUAAGAAGAAGGUACGGAAGCCGGGAAAACAACUUCAUACGAUAACGAUACCAUUCACAGCGGAACAAGAAGAAUCACAGUCGACUCAACUUGUGAGCUAUCGAGUCAGUAGCUGCCUUUAGAGCUGGGAUAAGUAGGGUAGCAGCUAAGAUUAACUAAAAGGACUCUCCUCCACCCUCAACCUAGACAUAGAACUCCUAGCUCUGGAGCUGAUUGAAUUGAUUCUUUUUAACAGCUACCGACUCUUCUCCUCGCUCACUGAACUCCCCCAACCUAGUCUCAGGUCAAGAGAUAAGAGCGAUGGCAUACCUUGAGUCACUCGCUUCCAUUGGGCGAACUUUCAUCUGUUCUCUUUCUGCAUUGAUGGUAAAAUGAACCACCUUGCUUAUCACAGUUAGGUCGAUUUUCUUUGAUCCUCAUCUCGUUCAGU